AUGGCCAAUAUACCAACACAAUAUUUGCCGACAGGAAAUCAGUUUCAAGAAUUGAUCGCUAGUUCCGAGAAUGACCCGAAACGAUUGCAACUUGCCUAUGAGAUCCAUAGAACCAAUCGGAACAGCUUUUUCGGUAACCAAAUCUGCCAGCGUGGAUUCCAUGAAUGGAAAGAAGAUACCAUUCUUUCCAAAGUCCUCGAGGCAGAGAAGGGGUUGACAGACUUCGUUGAUCCAAGACACAACCUUGCCUUUUGGGCGCGGCCCCCACAGCAUAUUCGUGAAUUGGUCCACAAGAUCCAGAAAAUAAUCGGUCCAUUGAUUGGACCAGGUCUCUGGAUCGUCCCUCCGGAUCAUCUACACAUGACCACGCUCGAGAUCAGAUCAGAACUGACAGGACCCGAGAUCGACGAGGUUGCCUCUUCACUCGGACAGAGCGGGCUGGUGGAAGAAUUGGCGAACUACACUCUCACUCAUCGUGCCCGAUUGGUGAAGCCGGUGAUUAGCUAUGAUACUUCUGCUAUUGCCCUGAGCUUUGUUCCUGCGGCCGGCGAGGAGGAUCUCAAUGAGUAUAGUGGGAAAGAUGACCAGUUCACGUAUCACCAUCUGCGGAGUGAUCUCUAUGACAUCGUGACUGGAUCUGGUUGCGAUAUUGCGGCAAGGUAUACUGUUCCCUCCGCGCAUAUCACCAUUGCUCGAUUCGUUACGCCUAGUGGGCUUGAAGAUGGCAAGGACUCCCCGAAAGAAGCUAGGAAGAAGGCCUUACAGCUCAUUGAUGAGAUUGAGGAACUAAACCAAGAGCUCCGCUCUAAUGUGUGGAGAAGAUUGGGUGAUCCGUCGCAAGGGGAAUGGGUAGUUGGCCAUGAGAAGGGGUUGGAAUUGAUGAAAGGUCGAACAUGGUAUGGAAAGGGCGAUAGUAUUGUCAACAUUCCCAAAACCCGCCGGACGUACUGCAAGUCCAAGGACUGCCACAAGCACCAGCAGCACAAGGUCACCCAGUACAAGGCUGGCAAGGCCUCCCUCUUCGCCCAGGGUAAGCGUCGUUACGACCGGAAGCAGAGUGGUUACGGUGGUCAGACCAAGCCCGUCUUCCACAAGAAGGCCAAGACCACCAAGAAGGUCGUCCUGCGUCUCGAGUGCACUGCUUGCAAGGCCAAGAAGCAGCUCGCCCUGAAGCGCUGCAAGCACUUCGAGUUGGGUGGUGACAAGAAGACCAAGGGUGCUGCCCUCGUUUUCUAGAUUGUUCAAUUUCCUUGUUCGGCUUCUGGGUUUCCUGCAUUGCACAAAGUGCUUCGCUGUUUGUGCGGAGCAUAUAUGACAUUGGCAAUGGAAAAUUGAAAUAGGAAUUCGUCUAUUCAAAAACACCUUUCAUGA